GAGGUCCGGCUUACCCAUUGGUCCACAAAAAAGAAAAAAAAAAUCUGCCGGUUCCACAGCGGCAUUCCAUCGAACAGGUGAUAGGCGAUGGCGGGAAAGAUCUUCCUGAGCUGGAGCCGUCCGACUCAUGAGCAGCAACAAGGUUGCAUCACCAGCGCCGGAGAAUUCAAUUACGACUCCACCCUCCACGGCGCCACCGCCCUCUCCGCCGACGACAAAAGCCUUCAAAACAUACUCACAAAAAAUGGCUUCUUCAUCAACCGAUCUCGUGUACUCCUCGGUACUGGCCCCAUCACCUACGCCCUAGCCAAGUCUGCCAUCCUCUCCUGGAGACAUUUUGGGCUGAGAUGGACAUUCGUGGAUCCACAAACCCCAGUGGAGAAAGGGAGAAGAUUCUGCGUUUGCGUGAACGAGCUUCUUCCGUGGGUAAUGAUGCCUCUCCAAAUCGCCUACGUCGCCAACGCGUCGGUGCAGCCUCGCCCGGUCGCUGGAAUAAAGGCUUCCUUCGGAUUCGGAAGCGGUACUCUUCAAGGCCAUCUCCUUGCCGGAGAAGAGAGGUUUUCGGUUCAGUGGGAUGAGAACGAUCGGGUCUGGUACGAAAUCUUCUCCUUUUCAAAGCCUGCGCACAUUCUCUCCGCCAUCGGCUAUCCGUAUGUUCGACUUAGGCAGAAAUGUUUUGCUCGGCAGUCUACAGAAGCAAUGGUGAAGCAUGUCACUGCCCAGCAAUCCUAAAUUGUAGACAUGUAAGAUCGCUCAAAUGUUUCAGAAAGGGAAGGUGACAUCUAAUCGAAUAAAAAAAAAAAAAUCUUAUUUUUUUCGACGUCUCUGUUCCUUUGAAAGUUCGUAGUUUGAAGGGCUCAUCAAUCAGUUCUUUUGCAGAAAUCAAAUUUUUUUUUAUUUUUUGGA